GUGGUUGAAUUGUGAGGAUCUUAGAACGAAGACGAUCAGAAUGGCGAGCUUGAAUCGUGAUUGCCUGAGUGAGCACGACCGACAGGUGCUGGAAUCGAUAUUCAAUCCUUCGCAAAUCGGCGGAGAAGAGCUGAUUUAUACUGGAAAGGAGGAGUUUCCUGAAGAUCUGCAAGACCUAACCGAGCCGGACAACCCCCACAUCCAACAGUCAAAGAAGCUCGAAAUCGACGCAAUCGAACUGGCCGAGGGUGGAAAACUGCAAGAAGCGAUCGAACUAUUCACCAAAAGCAUUGCAGCAGCACCGGAACGACCUGCACCGUGGAACAAUCGUGCUCAAGCUUAUCGGUACUUGGGCAAUGAGAAAGCGGCACUGGAAGACAUCGAACAGGCGCUGAAGCUUUCGAACCGGUCCGGCAGGACGGGCUGUCGGGCGCUUUGCCAACGAGGUGUGCUUCGAAGGAAGAACAACGACGCGGAUGGGGCCCGGGAGGAUUUCGAAGCGGCCGCCAAGCUGGGCAGUAAGUUUGCCCGGACGCAACUGAUCGAGCUGAACCCGUACGCGGCGCUGUGCAACCAGAUGUUGCGGGAGGUGAUGAAGGUGACGUGAUGUGUUAGAGUUCAAUGUGAUUAGCUGUUUAAUUUUAUAGUAAU